AGAUAACACUUUAUCAGCACGAGCAGACCGUCUUUGGCCACGCAUUCCUCUCAAAGCAAGCAGAGGACUCUUCUAUCCGUCUCCAUUAUAAAGGCACAUCCUCACACUCUCCUCAUUCCUUAUUAGAACCACCUCACUUUAAUUAUUAGAACCACCACAUUCCUUAUAGCCAAAUUGUCUCACUACAUCUUUUGUAGGUGCCAAGUUGAUGGAGGAUGUGAAGAAGAGGCGGCAGAUUCCGGCGUUUGGAAGCUGGAAUUGCUGCGACGAGGUCCCGAUCACAGAGUACUUCGAGUCAGUGAGGGUGACUGGGUUGAUCCAAGCUAACUUCUUUGAAGGAGAUGGUGAGGAUCUCUUCAAGGUGGUGCUACCGCAGCACCAACAGCAUCAAAGAAAGAGGAAGAAGGGUGGAGGGGGAAAAGAAGGGAUGGAGCAGUAUGAGAGGGAGAGGAGGAAGCCAAAGCCUUUAGCCGGGGACUUGUACAUGAUACCUUCGGAGGACUUGUAUCAAGGACCAAACAAGAAGAAGGUGCUGUGGAAUUUGUGGGCUGGAUGUCUAGGCCUGAACUGCAUUGCCUAAGUUGGUUUGGGCUAUGGAAGUCGACGCUUUUCUUAUUUGUAGUUUGUGCCUCCAAUCUUUCAUCCUGUAAUUAGAUAUAUUGUAAGAUUAGUGGAUUUUAAAGAGGAAAUGGAAGAAAUUACUGACAUUUUAGACUGUCAACUGGUACUACUUUUUAUGAUUUUAAAUUAUUAGAAGUUCGUCAAUCAAUAAAGGCAACUGUAUUUAGCCUUA